GCCUGUAUUUCUUUUGUAUCAUCAUUCUGCUCACUGUACGGUCGACGGGUGCGUGCAUCUGCAGGUUUGAUAAAACCACGUGUUUUUCGUUAAUCAUAACCUGUUCCAAUUUUUUUUGAUUUCUACAUAUUUAUAAUUGUGUACUGUUCUUAAUUUUAUUUAGCUUUGACUUUCUGAAAAAAUUGUGCAAGAUGUUUACUGAAAAUUUAUCAAUUUUCUGUGCACGAAAUGAAAAAUAUAAACAAAAAUUCUCGCUAUUGAAAGAAUUUAGUAAACUUGAAUAUGACAAAAUUUUGGAAAUAUUAUGUGAAUUUUUUAUGCAACCACAGUGCACGAAAGAUGUUGCAGAAUGUUUUCCAGAAUUAUUACCAGCGCUUAUUUCUCUAGCAAUACUUUCAAAUGAUUUACGAUCAGCAGUGUUGGCUGAUAAGGAUAUUAUUCAUAGAUUGAAUUGUGUUAUACUAGGAAAACUGCUUAUUAUUAAUCAAGAUUUACUAGUAUUUAUUUUACACUAUUUUGAUGUUAAUCCAGCUCCAUUUGAACAUUUUGACUCGCUUGAUGAAGUUACACCUAUGAAAAAACGGAAUACAAGAAAAUUUUCAUAUAUCUCAGAAGUAUCUGAAUAUGAUAUUGUUAUUGCAUGUCAUAAUAUCUUGCAGUCUGCUGUGAAUCAUUUUAAGCAUAAAUGGAAUUGGUCUAAAUUUUAUAAGUAUCUAACGAGUACUGAUGACAGAGUGAAAUGGAUGGCUUUAAAAUGUAUUGCAAUAGUUUUGAAUAUGUCUGAAUCAACAAGGCUGUCAUGUGCGCAAGCAUUAAUUCCAAAUUUUGAAAACUUUUUAAUUGAUUGUGAAGACAAAGACACUAAUACUAGCAUUGCUUGUGCCAGCUUUGAGUCAAUGGAAGAUAUAGUAAAAAAUAUCUUGUCUGUUGUAUCUGUCGAUGGUAUUUUAUUGCCCACUCUCGGCAGAAAUCAAAGCACUUAUAAUUUAGUUCCAGUUUCUUCCACGAAGAAAAAUUUACAAAGUUUAGCCAUAGCUGUUGGCUCUAGAAAAUGUAUUUGCUUGCAAGGGCCAGUCGGUAGUGGUAAAACAGCUUUGGUAGAGUAUUUGGCGAGAAUCACUGGACACGAUACAUCAAAUUUCAUUAAAGUACAAUUAGGCGAUCAGACUGACUCGAAGAUGUUGCUGGGAAUGUAUAGGUGUACUGAUAUACCUGGUGAAUUUGUUUGGCAACCGGGUGUUCUCACACAAGCGGUUGUUGCCGGCAAAUGGCUUCUUUUGGAAGAUAUAGACAGCGCUGCCCUUGAUAUAGCUAGUGUCUUGAGCAAUCUGAUGGAAACUGGAACACUCUGUGUACCUGGUUAUCGCGAUACUAUUUAUGUCAACAGUGGAUUCCAGUUGUUUGUUACUCAGCGAUUGAUGAUGUCCACUACAGGAAUUCAAAAACCUUUCACGGGAUCCUCGAGUUUAUUACAAAAACAUUGGCUGUGUCUAAAUGUGGAACCUUUGUCUAGAAACGAAUUAAUCACUGUUGUUCAAACAUUAUUCCCAGUAUUGAGCACCAUUGCUACUAAAAUAGUAAAUGUAUUCCUGUUGUUUUCAGUAGGUAAUCAUGAUAGUAAAAGUAACGAAAAUGAUACUAUAUUAUCACUGAAAAUCGGACGACAGACGUCGACGCGAGAUUUAAUAAAAUGGUGCUCCAGAGCUGUCAUUAAUUUUGAUGUUUCAUCGUCAGAUUCUGCAAUAAAAAUAUUUCAGGAUGCUUUAGAUAUCUUCUGUUAUUCGGUACCUAAUCAAGAACAACGAUUAAAUUUGGCGAAAGCGGUAGCUCACAAACUUGGCAUUGUACAUAUGAAAGCAGAUUACUUUUGCAACGUGUACAAACCAAUCAUAAAACCGCUUCCCGAGUUUCUGAGAGCAGGCAGAGUGGAGUUGAUUCGUAAAAAAGAACAAUACGCAACAAUAAAAAUAAAUGUAAAAAAGAUCAACUUCUCCUUUACAAGACCUUCUGCGUGUUUGUUGGAACGUAUAGCUACUUGCGUCAUGCAAAAAGAGCCUGUGCUACUAGUCGGUGAGACGGGAACUGGAAAAACAAGUGCAAUACAAUAUUUGGCGAGAAAUACUGGUCACAAAUUGAUAAUCAUAAAUAUGAAUCAACAGAGCGAGAGCGCGGACUUAUUAGGUGGUUAUAAACCGAUCGAUCUGAAGUUCCUGAUAUCGCCCAUCCGAAGGGAGUUUGAAAUCUUGUUCCACUCUCAUUUUCUAUUCGAACCGAAUAAAGAGUUCCUUGAACACUUAGCUGAGUACUAUGAACAAAAGGAAUGGAAGGCUGUUGUUGCUAUGAUGGACUGUUCUGCGGAUGCUGCUAUAAAGAAUUUGAAAAAGAAGCUUAAAGACAAUGCAUGCAUGCAAGAAAAAGACAUGUAUGCAAGAAAAAAAUGAAAAAUAUUUAAAAAGAUAGAUAUGCUGAAAGAAUGGGAAGAAAUAAUGGAGAAAUUAGAGAAAUUAAGACUUCAAGUGAUAAGCCAAUAUGCGCUGGCAUUCUCCUUUAUAGAAGGGAGUUUAGUCAAGGCUUUGCGAAAUGGUUAUUGGGUUCUCUUAGAUGAGAUUAAUUUGGCGAAUGCCGAUACAUUAGAAUGUCUUUCUGGUUUAUUGGAAAAUUCUUCGGAAUCGUUGCCGUUACUAGAGCGUGGUGACGGAGAACCUGUGAAAAGACAUCCCGACUUCGCUGUGUUCGCGUGUAUGAAUCCGGCUACGGAUGUUGGCAAGAGAGAUCUACCAGUUGGUUUGAGGAACAGAUUUACUGAGUUUUACAUUGACGAGUUGACUGAGCAAUCAGAUCUUCUUUUGCUUGUAAGAUCCUAUCUGGAGAAGCUAAAUCUUCCACCAGAAAAACAUGAAGCGAUCGUAAAAUUUUAUCGGAACGUGAAAAAGGAAGCUAUGAACACGUUAUUUGAUGGUACAGCGCACAAGCCGCAUUACAGUUUGAGAACGUUGUGUCGCGCAUUAUACAUUUCUGCGUCAGUUCCCUGUGGCAAUAUUCUGAGAUCUCUAUAUGAAGCCUUCUCUUUGAGUUUUUUGACACAGCUGGAUUAUAAAUCGUACCCAAUCGUACAGAGAAUGAUCGUAAAAGCUAUCUUAGAUAAUAAAAACAUCAAAGCAAUUCUUUGCCAUCCUAUACCGAAACCGAAGAAUAGUUUUGCAGAAGAAUACAUAAACAUUGAAGGAUAUUGGAUCUUGCAAGGAAGUUUAACACCUGAAACACCUAACAAUUACAUAUUGACUGAUUCUGUUAAAAGAAACUUGAAAGAUUUAGUAAGAGUAGUAUCGAUCGGAAAAAUUCCAGUUUUAUUACAAGGUGACACAUCAGUAGGCAAGACGAGUUUGAUUAUGUAUCUAGCGAAAAUCACAGGACAUGUUUGUGUCCGCAUAAACAAUCAUGAGCAUACGGAUCUACAAGAAUAUGUCGGAAGUUAUGUCGCGGACGAAAAGGGAAACCUAGUAUUCAAGGAAGGUGUUCUAGUUGAUGCAAUGCGUAAAGGAUAUUGGAUCAUUUUGGACGAGUUAAAUUUAGCGCCGAGUGAUGUUCUGGAAGCUCUGAAUCGAGUCCUCGAUGACAACAGAGAAUUGUUUAUACUUGAAACACAACAGGUAGUAAAAGCACACGAACAUUUCAUGCUAUUUGCAACGCAAAAUCCUCCUGGACUCUACGGCGGCCGAAAAGUUCUGUCACGAGCGUUCAGAAAUAGAUUUGUUGAAUUGCAUUUCGACGAAAUACCGCCAAACGAAUUACAGAUAAUACUCAGUCAAAGAUGCAGUCUGCCAGAAUCAUAUAGCAAACAAAUGAUUAACGUAAUGACGGAUCUCCAGAUAAGGCGUAAGAGUACAGCUACUUUUGCUGGUAAAAAAGGAUUUAUAACUUUGCGAGAUCUGUUUCGUUGGGGCGAGAGAUAUAGAUUAGCUCCCGACGUAGGUAACAAACUGUACGAUUGGAGUCAACAUCUAGCGGACGAAGGUUAUCUUGUUCUCGCGGCUAAAGUCCGCAAAGCGGAAGAAGCGGAUGAAAUAAGAUCUGUUAUAAAAAAACAUCUAAAGAGAGAUGUAGAUCCUUAUAAUUUGUUUACAUUGAAUGAUAAGACUUCGCCAGUAACAAAGCAUUUAUUGGAAGACAUUCUUAAAAAUGUUAUCCCUAAUUUUAAUCAUAUUGUUUGGACUUAUCACAUGCGUCGAAUGGCAGUUCUUGUGAAGAAAUCUUGCCAAUUUAAGGAACCGGUGUUGUUGGUCGGAGAAACUGGUGGGGGCAAGACAACAAUCUGCCAAUUGAUAGCAGCUAUUAACGGUCAAACAAUGUAUAGCAUGAACUGUCACAUGCAUACGGAGUCGUCAGAUUUUUUGGGUAAUUUACGACCUAUCAGAGAACAUUCGGAAGAUGAUCAAAAGCUUUUUGAGUGGUUAGACGGGCCUCUGAUAAACGCAAUGCGUAACGGCGAUCUGUUCUUGGCCGACGAAAUUUCGUUGGCUGAUGACAGCGUAUUGGAACGACUAAAUUCACUUUUGGAACCAGAUCGUAGUCUUUUAUUGACUGAAAAAGGAAUAGAGUCUUCGUACGGAGAAGAGAAUACUGUGAUCGUGGCGGAUGAGAAAUUUAUAUUCAUCGGCACGAUGAAUCCUGGCGGUGAUUAUGGCAAGAAGGAGCUUUCGCCAGCCUUGCGAAAUCGUUUCACCGAAGUGUGGUGCGAGGGAUGUUCAGCUAGAAAUGAUUUGCACGAUAUAAUAAUACAUAAUCUUCGCAUCGAUUCGCAAACAAGGAAGGAGUCCAUCGCUACUGCAAUAUUGAAAUUCAUCGAAUGGUUACAAACCACCGAAGUAGGCAAGAAACUUACUGUGAGCAUUCGAGAUAUACUUACUUGGGUCGAUUUUAUAAAUGUGUGCACUAGUGGUACUCUGUUAUCAAAAUUGACGAUUGGAGAGGCAUAUUAUCACGGUGCUUGUCUUACGUACCUUGAUAGUCUUGGAUCUGGCUCCACAGGUUCAGAGAGUGUCAGCAAAUUGAAAGCUUUUACAGAAAUUGCUCUUCAAUUUAUCAAAUUGGAAAUUAAAAAUGUAAUGAAAUUUGAUCUUAAUACAGUAACUUCUGUGGUAAACGAAAAUGUUGUAGAUACUUCAGAUAUAUUUGGAAUACCACCAUUUUACAUUAAAAAAGGUUCAAUCUCUUGCAAAGACUACACAUUUACAUUUACAACUUCUACUACAAAACUGAAUACGUUAAAGCUGCUAAGAGCAUUGCAAUUAAACAAACCGAUUCUUUUGGAAGGAAGCCCAGGUGUAGGAAAAACUAGUUUAGUGUCUGCACUGGCUAAAGCCGCAGGACAUACUUUGCUUAGAAUCAAUUUAAGCGAUCAAACGGACAUAUCCGAUUUGUUCGGUGCUGAUCUGCCUGUAGAAGGUGGAAAAGGAGGUGAAUUUGGCUGGCGGGACGGUCCAUUUUUGCGAGCUUUGCGAGCCGGAUAUUGGAUCUUGCUCGAUGAAUUAAAUUUAGCAUCACAAUCAGUUUUAGAAGGCCUUAACGCAUGCUUUGAUCACAGGGGAGAAAUAUACAUUCCUGAAUUGGGAAAAACAUUUUCGGUCAAACCUGGUACUAGAUUGUUCGGUUGUCAAAAUCCUUUACGACAAGGUGGAGCCAGACGAGGUUUACCGAGAUCUUUUCUAAAUAGAUUUACUCAGGUUUCUAUAGAUGCAUUAAUGAAGGAUGACUUGAAGUUUAUACUCAGUGUACAAUUUCCACAACUUCCUAUGGAAUUGAUCAAUAACAUGGUACAGUACAAUAACAAGUUAGCGUCGGAAGCAGGCAUUGUAUGGGGACAUGCUGGGUCUCCGUGGGAGAUGAAUUUACGAGAUAUUACCCGUUGGUGUGAAACGAUUAUCGAAGCUGCUUCUAACGAAUUUUGCGGCGAUAAACAGUACUUUAAUCCAGGUGACAGCAUGGAGCUCAUUUAUGUUAACAGAAUGAGAACUAAUGAAGAUCGACAAAAGGUUUAUCAAAUAUAUGAAGAGUUUUCACUCGAAGAAUAUCCGCUUCCGCCCACUCAACUGCCCAUGCAUAUCACAGCUGACAAACUUUUCAUCGGUGACAUGACACUAAGCCGGAAAAAUUGCAGCGCGCAUCAGGACUUCAAUUUGUUGGUGCUUAGAGAACAGAAAAGAGUGUUGAAAAGUCUAAUGCAGUGUGUUAAAAUGAAUUGGAUGUCAAUACUUGUUGGUGGUUCCGGUUGCGGGAAAAGCAGCGUGGUUCGUCUACUCGCCGCUUUAACAGGUCAGAAGCUGAGGUCGAUUGCUCUGAAUUCUGCAAUGGACACGACAGAGAUAUUAGGUGGCUUCGAACAGACCGACUACAAUCGGCAUCUUGAACAACUAUUUGAGCGCGUAACGACUUUACUUAUCGGGAGUUUACAAACGAAGAUAACUAUCGACAAAUUGGAGCAAGUUACCGAGCUUCAUGAACGUCUGGAACAAGUGCGACAUUUAUUCGAUGAAAACGUUGCCGGUAGGACAAUGGAAGAGGAAACCAAACUAUUCUUACAUAAAAUCGAGAAAUUGUCGGAAUUGGUGUCGGUGAUGAAGCUUCGGGAACCUUCUUGCGAAUUGGAGCUACAAGAUAUCGAGUCGAGCUUGAAGAACUUGUCGAUUUUCGUCCAUCAGGAUAAAUGCUUGAAUGCCGGUGGAAAGUUCGAAUGGGUGGACAGUGUGUUAGUAAAGUGCCUGCAAGACGGUACGUGGUUACUCAUCGACCAAGUUAAUCUAUGUAGCCCUGCUGUAUUAGACAGACUUAAUGGACUGUUAGAACCAAAUGGUGUUCUCAGUAUCGGUGAACGAGGCGUUGAUAGCGAGGGCAACGUCGUUACUAUCAAGCCACACGAAAAUUUCCGCUUAUUUCUAACCAUGGAUCCCCGAUACGGCGAAAUUUCCAGAGCUAUGCGUAACAGAGGUGUCGAGAUUUAUAUGCUCGGUCCAAAGGAGAACGUCGAGGAGGAUGCAAUCGAUUUCAAGUCGCUGCUAUUUAACGCUGGUAUUACGAGGUCCGCACAUCACGACGCAUUACUCGAGAUCUACGACAGAAUGUCGGAGGAAAAUGUCGCUGUGGAUCGAUUCAGCGCGGUCGAUUUAUUGCAUACUGCGUUCUUGGUGAAGCAACGAUCAUUGCGUGGAUUCCCCGCGAAAGAAGCGCUCAGAAAUGCUUGCAUCGAUGUCUACGUGAAGUCUAGACCAUCGCGAGAUUCACGAUUCAAAGAACGUCUGGUUUCCCUGAUCGAUGAAACUAUCGUACGACAUGUCGAACGCGAUGAAGAGAUCUCAGUGAUCGAUUUGGAUGCCGCUACGUUGAGCGUGAAGAAUCUGCAAGACAAUUCGGCACUCGUUAUUAUCAGACAGCAAGGCUUAUUGUUGAAUGCGGCUGUUAAAAUGUAUGAGUCGCGUUUAAAAUCUGGUCUAGAAAAUAUCGAAGGAAAUAUUGUUACAACGAAGUCGUUAAAUGACUUCUGCGGUUUUAAAGAGGAUGGCAGGUUUACAUUGGAUGUUGACGUUGCUGACAUAUUGCCGUACCUUCUGUUAAAUUUUUACGAGCACUCUUCUCAAGACGAUGCACCACUCAGAAAGAAGUGGAUCUCGAAGAUGCUGCGACGAAAUGCAAUAUUUGACGAACUUGAGAGGAAGAGCAAGCUAAUGGCGAAUGCAAUCGCGCUGUUUCGUUUCGAACCCGCAAAUGUGAGAAGUUCAUUACCUUGGGAUUUGUGGCAAAUUGUUGGAAAGACAAUACGCGAUAAGGAUGAUAAUACUAGCAGAAAUACAAAUAAAUUAUUAUUGAUGCUAUAUGCGUACGGUAUGAUUCUAAAAAAUGAUGCAUCGCAUGUGAGGACAAAUAAGUUGAAGGAUGAAAAUUUGUUAUCUGUGAAGCAAAUAUCAAACUUGAUUCAAGAUUCCAGCUUGAUUCUCACCGGUAAGUUAUCUUCAUAUUUGAAAGGUGAGCCGCUUAUUACAAGUUUCGUAAAGUUCCUUAAAGAAGUAAAUUCUUGCAUAGACAUUGUUUUACAUGAUACAAACAUAAAUACUGAAGAGUAUGUUGAACUAAGAUCAGAGUUGAAAUGGUACACGAGAUUUGAAAAAUUGGGUGAAAUGACGCUCAUAGAUAAAACGAAAAAGUCUAAAAUCACGAAUUUGGAACAAAUUUCUUCGUUGCUGAGAGUGCAUUACAAAUGGUUGCUAAAGUUUUUACAUAAGUUAUUCAUAAUUAGAAAGUCUGUUAAAGAGAACAAAGAAACCAAGAGCAAGAUCAAAGAGUUGGGCGUGAUUGUAGCCCAGAUAAAUCAUCACAUGGAAUCGGUGUACGAUCCUUUCAAGAAGAUAUCAAAAAAAAUCAAAAAGUACUUGACACUUCCACCGCCUCACUCCUCGAAAAUCAGCAUGGAAGUAUAUUCAGGAUUGAUACAGAUAACAAAAGACUUUGAUGUGAGGAUUGAGGCAGGCAGCAUUCUGAAACAAGAGUUAAAGAUCAUAGCUGUGCAGUUAAAAGACGCGCUAGCGAUGAGACAACAAGUGAUCUCUUUAUGGAAUGACGUUUACUUCAAUAAACCAAUUGACGAAACGACAUUGCAGAUUGUUCACAAGAUAGACGGAUUCUGCGAUGAGAGUCACAUUCGUUUACGAGUUCCUGUAGAAAUCGAGAGUAUUUUGGACAAAGUACGUUCUCUUCCGGAGAAAGAAAUGAUGCAGUUGAACACGAGGAUACGAUUAUGGCCGAUUUACGAGUAUGUGUUCCUGUCGUUUGCCUGUACUCUACAGGGAGAAAUGUGUCGAGGAGUAACGAUUUCCGGUGUUACUUUGGCGGACUGCCUUGCAAGAUUCGCGGAUGUGGCCAGUAUACCGAGCAAUCUGAUGGGCUUGUUGAGCGUAAUGUCUCGAGUGGAAAUCAAGCAGGAAUCACAGCUCUUGUUGCUGCCGGAGUUGUUCUGCUGUCUCGCACAAUUUGUUCAGCAAUCUUAUGCUUUCGAGAAUACUAGUCGUCUUUUACAUUGGUGCGGUAUAACAGAGAAAGACAUAGAAAAAUCAGUAACUUCUUAUAUUGAACCCAAGACGCAGUACUACUUCGGCCGACCUAUUCUCUUGAACAUAGUACUGCAAUUAAUGUUAAAUAAGACAAAUCAAGAUAAAGAGAAAAAUAUUCUUCCCGCCGUCGCACUUGGAACAUAUGCGGCGCAAGUGAAUCAACUGCAGCUGUUAAAUGAGAUUUUAUGGCGCAACAGUAUCUCAUUGACAAACAAGCGAUAUAAUUCGAGCAGUAGCGAUCUAACAACGUUAAAGUUUUACUUACGUUUAUAUUUGUCCACAAUCGACAAAAUGAACACCGAUCAUAACGUGUAUGACUUAAUCACGGACGUCUUAAUAAAGCAAAGCGGAGAUCGCAACAUUAAAGAUGACAUUAGAGACAAAUUGAUAAGUGAUUAUUUCCUACCAAUGGGAAAAUUGCAUGAGGUGCACGAUGAAAUAAAUAAUAUCGGUGAGGAAAAUGUUCAUGAAGGGGAAAAUACGCUUCGACGGGGAAAAGCAUGGAUGAUUCUCGGUUAUAUACAAUUGAUGCUCUUUGGAAAUUUGGAUGUUAUGGAUCCGGUACAUAAAGUGGAAUUGAAGCUUAAGUACCUGGAAGAAGAUAUCGCCGAUUGUCGAAAGACGAUAUAUGUUACAACGUUGCAGGAUCGUAUUUUGGGAAUGUCAGCGGCAGACGAGCGCAAUCAUCCGAGAUUCGCAGCUAUGAAAAACUGCGAGAGUCGCUUGCUAAAGACGAGAAAUGAUCUGGGUUGUUGGAAAGCGUUCAGAUCACCGUCCAUCAAUUUCACUUCGCUCUACAAAGAUUGCGCCGAUUUCAGGAACAAAAUAGGUUCCUACACAUUGGUGGAGAAGCAUAUAAACAAACUAUAUGCGAGCGUAAACAUGAUCAGCCAAGAUUAUGAAUCAGCCAAUUUGACAAUCGCGGAAACUGCUUUGCAAGAAGCGGAAACCUGGAGUUUAUCAGUGCAGCGAUUCGCCGAACAAAUGAAAACGAAAUAUCUGUCGGCUUAUCCGGACAUAAUUCUUCCGUUGCUGACGGCGCUAGCACAAUUAAAUCAUGGCGUUUCCAUAAUGAUUAACGAAACCCAACGAUUGAUAUCUCUAUAUAAAACCGGAGUGACUGAAUCCUUGAUAUAUAAUCUAAUUCGAUUUCCGACGAUCGGCCGACACCAGGAAAAUCUAUUAAAUCUAAGCGAUCUAUGCGUUUCUAGAAGUAUGAGAAAUCUAAUCGGUAAAAAUUUGCAUUCCACGGAUGCGUUUGUCAGAAUGCAGGAGCAAUUCCGAAUAUUCAAAUUAGGUUUGCACGAACUGUACAAUUAUGUGAUUUUGAAUAAAGUUUUGACUCCGUCAUUAUGGCGAGAUAUGAACGAUUUAUUACAGCAGAUAGUCUUGAUCUGGAAACAACAGCAACAAGAGGAAGAGAAACGAGCCGCGGAGAGAGACAGUUUGUACAAGAAUAAAAUCAAAGAUCACAGCGAUACAUUGACGGAGGAGGAAGAACUUGCCCAGGAAGUUCGUAAACUAUUCCCCACGUACCGCGACAAAGAUUUUCACGAUAUAGAGGAGAACUUGCAUCCCUCUCUCGAUCAAAGGAAUGCGUUACCGAUCCAAUCGGAUGAGACAAAAGCGAACUUCAGCGGUCUCAUCACUAAGGACGACAUCAGAAAGAUUCAACAAAUCCAUUCGAACAUCGUAACAUCCUUCAUUACGGCCAAAUGGAUAUGUAGCAGUUCUGGUUUGGAAAGUUCAACGAAUUACGUCGAACCCCUGAUCCAAAGGUACAAUACCGUGUACGGGAUGUUCGAUAACUUACUGCCAAGUUUGAGCGAAGGACUUUCUAUCGAAUUGUACAACAGCUUGAAUUUUUUGGUCACUUUGGGAUUACAAGCGAGUCAAAAGAGCGCAGAACAGAAUACUGGAGAACGAAUGAAAACUUAUGAUUUUUACAAGGACAGCAACAUCGAGGAAGUGAAGCAGUGCCUGCCCUUGUGCGAAAGUAUCCUGAAUCGCGUUGAUCAGCUGAUGGAGGAAUGGCCAGAACAUCCCACUCUAAGAUCGAUACGAUGUAUAAUAGAAAGAAUCUACACGUUCUCGAUCACUUCGCCUGUUUCCAGAUUCCUAACAGGUCUGGAGAUACUACGUGAUAAAAUGCAUCAAUGGGAGGAGAAUGCGCACAGCGGCGUCAGCAUGACCGACUAUGUAUUAAGAUUAGAGAAACAGAUAAUAUGCUGGAGGAAAUUGGAAUUGUCUUGUUGGAAAGGUUGCCUGGAUACAACGUAUGAGAAUCUCAAAUCGGACACAUCCAAAUGGUGGUUCUUCUUGUACGCAUUGAUUGAGAGCUACAUUAUGAGAUCCGAAAAAAAUAAAAAUCAGAAAACGGAUGAUGAGCCCAUCACCAGGCAAGAAUUGAUAGAAACGUUGCAGCGUUUCAUGAACGAGUCGACACUCGUCGAAUUCGAAUCGCGAUUGAAUCUUCUCUUAACAUUCCACUGUCACGUGUAUUAUUUCAAUGAUAGUAAUAACAAGAACGAGCUUUUAGCCGUAUUAUGGAACAUAUAUCAUUAUUACAAACAAUUCGUGGACGAUGUAAACGCGAAAAUUAUUGCUUUAAAGAUGCCCAUCGAGAAAAAAUUGAAGGAUUUUGUUAAGAUCGCGCGAUGGAACAAGAGCGACUAUUGGGUUGUAAAGGAGACAGUUGAAAAGACACAUCGGACUUUGCAUAAAUUUAUAAAGGAAUUCCAGAAUGCCUUGAAGCAGAACGUAUCUUCUUGCUUAACUGUUAAAUCGGGACCUUAUAAUACAGAAAUAAACAAAUACAUGUCGGAUGAUAGAGAACAUCUGGAAGACAGGAUAAGAAGACAUUCUGAAGAUUUUAGCAUAGCAAUAUCUUCGCAAUCUAUAAACGUGAAAAUACGAUUCACAAGUGGACUUAUCACUAGAACAGAGACGCUGCUGACGAAGGCCAAAUCUCUAUGCAAGGAAAUAAUCUUAAAAAAUUCUUAUGAUCACGUACGAUUAGAACUUGAACAUUUCAUCGAAUAUUUCAUGAAUCAAAGCGCAGAUCUUCGGAAUAUGAAUAUUGACAGAAGUUUACCAAAAGGUAAGCAAAAGUCUCAGGCGAAGAGUUUCUUGCAGCAGAAGAAAAGGAUGCUCGAUGAUUACUUCAAGAAGUUGGCUGAAAUAGGCAUACGCUAUCGCGUUGGUGUACUGAAGUUGAAAAACGACGUGGACAAAGUGAUAGACUUUACGAUAUCACCUUUGGAUCUGUCUACAAUUGGCCGGUACUUUAGACUAAGGGAAGCCGAUCAGAGUCUGCUAACGCAGUGGAAUGGCUGUGAGAAGUAUUACUACAAAUCUCUUAUCAGGCUGAACGCUCUCAACGCAAUGCUUAACAGAUCCCAAACCGAUCUGGGAUUGCAAAACAGAGAUCGAUGCCGAGGAUAUUCUGCGCACUUGAUGAUGAUUGCCCACACACAGAGAACAACAAUUGUCCAGUUGUUUAAUCAUUUUUCGUCGCUUCGCAUACAGCUUUCAAAUCUGUCCGAAAUACGCGAACAGGAUCUGAAUAUGCUGAGACAGAAUAAGGGCCAGUAUUGCGUGGAAAAGCUGAAAACGUUACUGAUUACAUUGGAAGUUGGAUUCGAACAGCUGUUACUAUUUUUGCAAUGUUGUCCCGCGCAAUCGUCGACAGAUCCGAAUAGAGCCGCGCUUACAUUGAAUGCAAAUGCACUUCCUAUAAUCGCCGCGUCUCAAAACGAUGAGAUUUGGAAAAAUGCGAACGCUUUAUUGAAAAACAACUUAACUUCAGUAAAAGCUAUCGCGAAACAUUUCCAUGCAUUGUUCGUGCCGUUCGAAAUCUUGUCGGCAGAUCGUUCUACAUGUUCCGCUCAUAUUUUAUUUUUAAGUUCGAAACAUUUUGAAUUCUUGGAGCAAUGCUAUACAACAAUCGAAGAUUUAAGAGCGCGAUCUAAGAAAUUAAAACAUAUGUUUGAGAGUCUAGACGUUGCGCAUCCUAUCUGUGAAAAUAUAGCAUUCUUAGACACGAAGAUGGAAUGUUUCCUUCAACUCUUUGAAAACUUGCGAAAAUUCGCGGAUGUCGAAGAUGAAGCGCAAGAAUUAGAGGAAAAGAAUCAAGCUAUCGAGCAAUACGAAUUAAUGUUGGAACAACUAAUAAACGCGACAUUACUUGUAAUACAGAAGAAAUACAAAGAACAUUUUCAUAUUAGAGAAAAAGAAAAUGCACCAUUCAUGAUAAAUGAGAAAUCAAACGAGAAAAUUUUCGAAUUUCUCGAACAGGAUAUAAUGGAUCUAAAGCUUUCUGAUAUAUACAAUUCAUUUUUCAAUCUUUUACUAAAGAUACGUGAAUUUGAUCUGCGAUCAGCAAACUAUUGUAUUAGAUUGCUCCUAAAAUGUGCACCUCUAUUGGAACAAUAUAUCUUGUUCGUUCAAUUUUAUUUAAAUGAACAAGUGGCGUUGUUCCGUAUUACAUGCAAGAUAUUAUAUCUACAAUUAAACGUAUUCUUAGAUCUGGCUGCAAAUGGUUUCUGUGUGCCAAAGGAUUUAGAUCUCGAGGAAGGCGAGACAGAUGAAUCCGGCGAAAAGACAGAGAAAGGAGGAAUGGGUUUAGCUGAUGGCGAAGGAACGAAAGACGUUUCUGAUAGAAUAGAAUCUGAGGAUCAACUUGAGGAUGCAAGGCCUGCGGAUCAAGAACAGGAAAAACAAGACGAUAAGAAUUGCAAAGAGGAGGAAAAGGGAAUUGACAUGUCUGAAAAUUUCGACAGUAAGCCUCAAGAUAUAGAAAACAACAAUGAUGAUGAAGAACAGAGCGACGAUGACGAAGAAAAUGAUUUGGAUAAAGAAAUGGGAGAGACAGGAGAAGGAGCUGAACAGCUUGAUAAAAAAAUCUGGGACGACGAUCAGGAAGAAUCCGAAGAGGAUAAUCAGGAAUCGGAAAAGGAAGAUGAAGAAGGCACAGGUGAGCAAAUCGGUGAGGAGGAAAUGGGUGCGAAAGAUGACAGAAAUAAGAAAAAACAGGAUGAUGAUACGGAUGAUGAGGAUCGACCUAAAGAGGAAAAUAAAAAGGAGAUAAACGAGUUGAAUGAGCCACAAAUAGAUGAAGAUCAUAAAAAUCCUUAUCACGGUAAAUUUCAACCUCAACCCGAACCCGAGCCGCUUGAUCUACCAGAAGACUUGAAUCUGGAUGAAGACGGUAAAGAAGACAACGGUAGUGAAGAACAAAAUCCGUUUGACAUUGAUGAAAUGAAGAAGCCGCCGCCAGAGAAACAAGAUAUAGAACUCGAGAAAGAAAUUGAGGAGACUAAAGAAAGUGAUCCUGAAAACUCUAGCGAGAACGAGGACGAGAAUGAGAAUGAUAAUGAUGAUAAAGAAAAUCAGUCGCGAAAAACAGAAGAAGAACUCGAAGCUAAUAAGGAAGAAAAAAGUGGGGAGAAUGCGGAAGCCGAAAAUAAAGAUGAAGAGCAAAAUCAAAAUGAAAAAGCAGAGGAGGAAAAAUUGCAAGAAAAGGCAGCGCCGAGUGCAAAUGAUGCGAGUGAACAAAUGGAUGCUGCGCAACAAAUAAAUGAAACGACGGAAGGUUCGCGAGACGCGGUAGCACAAAAGCCGGACGUGAAGGAUCAACAGGAAACUUCAGCCGAAAAUACUCAAGAAGAUAAUAACGAUAAGGGCACUGGACAAUCACAAUCGGCACAACAGGAGAGUGGACAUUCAGGAUCAUCUAAGCAGGAAACUGUUCCAGCACCGCAGAGCAACAUUACGACAAAACCAGAGAAAAGAAAGAAUCCAGGCGAGAGCAAUGAAGACCGCACUCUAUUGGAUAGACCUGAGCCAAAGUUAAAGAAAUUGAAGACGGUUUAUACGCUGGACGAAGUCUCAAGAAACGAGAAGGAAGAUGAUGUAGGCAACGAUAAUAGCGAUAAGACUGAAAUAGCUCAACACAUCAAAGAUUCUGAAAAAUUCGAUGAUUACACACUCGACGCUGCGACAGAGGAUCAAGUCAGACAACAAGCUUCUAAUAUGGAUAAGGAUGAAAAUGAGGAAGAAGAAAAAGAUGAUGUCUCCGUGGAUAUGGAGAUGCACGAGGAUGAGAAAAACGACGUAACAGAUAAUAAAAUAAAUGAGCAGAAACCUGAAAAGAUCUCCGAGAGUGGAGACAAUAAACGCAGAAGUGAUUCCGAUAAAAGGAACAAUGUAAAAGACAAUCAAAUGGAGACAACGGUCGAAAUAGAAGGUGAAAUAGUGGCGACCAUGAUAGUACAGAGAGGAAAUGAAUCUACAUUUCACACGACGGAAUGCAAUUUGGAAUUAAAUGAUCUUGGCUCUGGUUGUAUAGAAAGAAAGCGAUUCGAGGUAGAAAAAAUGUUGAGCGAAUGGACGCAAGUUCCAUCUACAGAGGAAGCUACAGCCGCGUGGAAUUGUCUGUGUUCAGUCACCGAUACAGCCGCUAGGGAUUUAUCGGAAAAAUUGAGACUGGUAUUGGAUCCCACACAAGCAUCAAGAUUGAAGGGUGAUUAUAAGACAGGCAAACGCAUCAAUAUGCGUAAAAUCAUUCCUUAUAUAGCCAGUCAAUUUCGCAAGGAUAAAAUUUGGCUCAGGCGUACAAAACCGUCGAAACGUGACUAUCAGAUCAUCCUCGCGUUGGACGAUUCCAGCAGUAUGGCAAAUAGCCAUUCUAAAGAAUUGGCUUUCGAGUCUCUGUCGUUAAUUAGCAAAGCUAUGACUUAUCUGGAAGUAGGACAACUUAGUGUCGUAAGCUUUGGAGAACAAGUGAAAGUAUUGCAUCCUUUAGGAGAAACUUUCACAGAACAAAGUGGAUCUAGGCUAAUACAAGAAAUAAGGUUUGAUCAAGAAAAGACGAUGGUUAGUCAGUUACUCGAUUUUACAGUGGACAUGUUUGAGAGUCAAUAUGCCUCAUCCGACAAUGCUAAACUGCUGCUAAUACUGUCAGAUGGCAAAAUAUUUUCAAACGGAAGAAAUGAAGUGAAUCGUGCUGUCAGAAGAGCCAGACUUGCAGAUAUCUUCUUAGUAUUCAUAAUAGUUGAUAAUCCAGUUAACAAGCAUUCAAUAUUAGAUAUCCGUAGGCCUAUAUUUGGGGAAGGAGGAAAAUUAUUAGAAUUUCGAUCUUAUUUGGACGAUUUCCCAUUUCCAUUCUAUAUGAUUCUUAGAGACAUUAACACAUUGCCAGGUGUUUUGAGUGAUGCCUUACGUCAAUGGUUUGAAGUAGUUGGGAAAAUUGAUACCUAAGCUAAUAAAUGUAUAGUUUCAAACAAUCAGUCUUUUAUAAUAUUUAUAAAUAUUUAAUAUGUGAGUAAGAACUUCACGUUGACGG